ACAAAGCGGAGUAAAACAACACCGAAACCGUGAGUCUGUGAGAGAGAGAGCGAGAGAGAGGGGAGGAUAGAGGUGAACCUCUGUGCUCAACUCCACACACGAGAUGAGAGGAUGAAGCUCGUUUUUUGAGCGAAUCGAUGGCUAUGAGCCACGAAAAUUAAUGCUCCCCUCGUUUUUGAUUCUGACAUUUCUCUCAGGAUCUCUCCGAGAAAAUAACAAGAUAACGGAGAAGUUGUAAUGGAUUCGGCAAUAUUCUCCGCUUCGAUCUUGAGUGAAAAUGCCAUUUCUGAGAAGAUCUCGUGAAGGACGUAUUGAUCCGGCUUGGAAUUGGACUGUGUACAGAGUCGGUUCGUUUCUACUUUUUCCUGUAAUGUCUGUGGAGGAUCUUAUAUUAGCAUUGAAUUUCAACAGUUUUAGGAGAAUUUAAUCAAUGGGAGGAUUUUCUAGAAAUAGAUUAAAACAAGGCGCUUGAGUUGUAUAAUUUGAAGAUUUAGGUCAAAGGAGGUCAAUUUGGUGACAAUUUCCAUUGAUCUUUAGCUUUUACUUCUCGAGUUGAUGGACUUUCAGUGAAGAUAAGUAAUUUUUAGGCUAAUCGGAGGGUUGAAAAUGGCAACUUGGGAACAUUUUGGAGAAAUUGCCAAUGUCGCCCAGCUCACAGGGGUUGAUGCGGUUAGAUUGAUUGGUAUGAUUGUAUCAGCUGCAAAUACAGCUCGAAUGCACAAAAAGAAUUGCAGGCAAUUUGCUCAGCAUUUGAAGCUGAUUGGAAACUUGCUGGAGCAGCUCAAAAUUUCAGAGCUUAAGAGGUAUCCAGAAAUGAGGGAGCCUUUGGAGCAGCUUGAGGAUUCACUGAGAAGGGGUUACAUUUUGGUGAACAGUUGCCAAGACCGGAGCUAUCUGUAUUUGCUGGCAAUGGGUUGGAACAUUGUGUACCAGUUCAGGAAGGCUCAAAAUGAGAUUGAUCGAUACUUGAAGAUCAUCCCUCUUAUCACCCUGGUGGAUAAUGCUCGAGUCAGGGAAAGACUCGAAGAUAUUGAAAAGGAUCAACGUGAAUAUACAUUAGAUGAUGAGGAUAAACGAGUGCAAGAUGUGAUUCUUAAACCAGAGCCGUCAACGAAUGAUACUGUAAUGCUGAAAAAAACACUUUCUUGUUCCUACCCAAAUCUGCCUUUUAAUGCAGCACUCAAGAAAGAAAAUGAAAAGCUUCAAUUAGAGUUACAACGAUCACAAGCAAACUAUGAUGUGGGUCAAUGUGAAGUGAUUCAGCAUUUGAUUGGUGUCACGGAAGCUGUUGCUGCAAAUUCUGUUCCUGAGAAGAAUUUACCUGUAAGAAGUUCCAAGAAGGCAGAGUCUGAUUAUUCAGAUGCCAAUAGUGAUAAAGAAUAUUCGGUUGAUGAAAGCUAUCCUAAGAGAAGUGAUAUUCGUACAACUUCAAGAAACAUUUCUUCGGUAUCAUCGGGACAUGAUCUUCUGUCAACUAGAGGUUCACAUCGGCAUGAAGAGUGGCAUUCUGAUCUACUUGGUUGUUGUUCAGAACCUUCUCUGUGUAUAAAAACUUUCUUCUAUCCUUGUGGCACAUUUUCAAAAAUUGCUAGUGUGGCAACUAACAGGCACAUGUCUUCAGCAGAAGCCUGUAAUGAAUUGAUGGCAUAUUCAAUGAUAUUAUCAUGUUGUUGCUAUACUUGCUGUAUCAGAAGGAAGCUUCGCAACAUGUUGAACAUCACGGGAGGCUUGUUUGAUGAUUUCCUCUCACAUCUGAUGUGUUGCUGCUGUGCCCUUGUCCAAGAAUGGCGAGAAGUGGAGAUCCGUGGGGUUUAUGGUCCUGAGAAGACAAGAACAAGCCCUCCACCCUCACAAUACAUGGAAUCCUAAGUGGCAAGAUGAAAGGAUUCUUUAGUCUGGAGAUUCAAAUAUCUUGAAAACCUAAUGCAGAGGUAAUGGCUAUUUGCCGCAAUUACCUUAUAACUUGAAACUUGUUUUGGGAUUUCUUCUGUCCAUUAAUUUACCUAUAUGUGUAAAGUAAACUUUCUAUAUCUUCCAGAUCCAGCACACUGUGUAUCAUAGACUAAUUUUUCAAAGAUAUAGUGUUGUUUGAGUUAAACAGUUGGGUUUUGCUCGCCCCUGCUUUAAAGAUAAAUGUGAUCCCAAUUUGUCUGAGUUGACUAA